AGUCUCAUGCGCGCUCUCGUCUCUCUGACAUUCCGUCUGCGCUCACGUGUUUUGUCUGUAUAAAAGGGUCCCAGCCUGCGCUCAUCAUGUCUAGUGUGUCUCCAGACAAACGGCGAAAGAUGGAGUCAGCGCUAAACCAGCUGAAGAAGUUCACUGUGGUAGUGGCAGACACGGGCGAUUUUAACGCCAUCGAUGAGUACAAGCCUCAAGAUGCAACUACUAACCCAUCUCUUAUCCUGGCUGCUGCCAAGAUGCCAGCCUAUCAGCCCCUCUUGGACCAAGCCAUUAAAUAUGGCAUUGCCAAAGGCGGAACUGAAGAGGAGCAGGUAGCCAACACGAUGGACAAGCUGUUUGUGAGUUUCGGACUAGAAAUUCUGAAGAAGGUCCCGGGCAGAGUGUCUACAGAGGUCGAUGCCAGAUUGUCUUUUGAUAAAGAUGAAAUGGUGGCGAAAGCCCUGAAGCUUAUCGCUCUGUACGAAGAGGCGGGCAUUAGCAAGGAGCGUGUACUCAUCAAACUGUCCUCGACGUGGGAGGGAAUUCAGGCUGGCAAGGAGCUUGAGGAGAAGCACGGCGUGCACUGCAACAUGACGCUCCUGUUCUCGUUUGCUCAGGCUGUGGCCUGUGCAGAAGCGAAGGUAACACUCAUAUCACCCUUCGUUGGCCGUAUCCUCGACUGGUUCAAGGAGAAUACAGACCGCAAAAGCUACGAGCCACAUGAAGACCCAGGUGUUGUCAGUGUGACGAAGAUUUACAACUACUAUAAGAAGUUUGGUUACAGCACUGUAGUGAUGGGUGCCUCCUUCAGAAACGCGGGGGAAGUGAAGGCCCUGGCCGGCUGUGAUCUGCUAACAAUCUCCCCUGGUCUGCUGGGAGAGCUCAGCCAGGAUCACAGUGCAAUCACCGAAAUGCUCAGUGUGGAGAAAGCCAAGGCCUGCGAACUGGACAAGGUCCACCUGGAUGAGAAGGACUUCCGCUGGCAGCAAAACGAGGACCGCAUGGCUGUGGAGAAACUGUCUGAUGGUAUCCGCAAGUUUGCCGCUGACGCCAUCAAACUGGAGACCAUGAUCAAAGAGAAAAUGCUCAGUGUGAAAAAUGGCCAAUAAUGGACAGAUCUGGUGUCUACAACUGCAAGGGAGCAGGUAUAAGGUGCAGAGAAGGGAAGAUCCAAAGCACCUGAGGGCCCACAUCUCCAAAUCGGACCAAACUGAAGGGACCUCCCUCCUGAAUGGACACAGUUCCUCUCCUAGGCUGGACUGUUUUCUGAUCAAACAUAAAUGAUGAAAAAUAUUCUAGUGGAUGUAUUUUGUAAAGAAAUGGUUUAAUAUUUAAAAGAAACUUGACCAGAAAAGAUGAACAAGGUUGCAAAAUAAAUAUCUAAAGCUUGA